UGUAUUUUUAGUUUGUAAAGUAAAGUUUUAAAGAACCGCUAAAAUUAUUUAUUAUAAAAUAUUCAAUAAAAAAUAUAAUAAAAAUACUUAAAUACUAUGUCUAAUUAUGGUUUUGAAGAAUUUGUUAUGCGUGCCAAAAGGUAUGUUGAAAAUUUCAUUCGAACUCCCAACAAAGAAACUCUCAGCAUUGCCGAAAAUGAACUUCACAAAUAUGAUGGCAUUCAAAUGCAAAUGUUUCAAGUUCGUCUUUUAAUGCCUUUAAUGUUAAAAUUGGACAAAUUAAAUGGCGAAAAUAUCGAAUUACAAGCCGGCAUUAUAAGACUCAUGAAGACAGUCAUAUCUCGAACCUAUCUAAAAGAUGUCAAAGCUAUUAAAACCAUGUUAUUGAUUCUUAUUAAACAAGUUCGUGAUUGUGAAAAAGCUUCAAUAAAAUCAAAUUUAUCUGAAGAAAUUAAAUUGGCCACAAUCGAGUGUAUUACUGAGAUCUUCCAACGUUCAACUUCCGAUGUCUUGGAGCAAUAUUACUCAAUAGAAUCUGCUCUGUUUAUGGGUCAGAUUCUUCUGACAUGUGUCGAGUUUGUGGCAUUGGAGAAAUACAGAAAAUUGGUGAUUUCAUCGAUAAACUGUCUAAUGGCAGUUUUUUACGUCCACGACCGAGCCGAUUCGUGUGAUAUUGUCCUACGAAACCAAGUAGCCGAUACAUUGUUUGUAUUUGUUCCCAAAGUUAUAACACAGCUCUUCAAAACUUCCUUAUCCGAUGAGAAGUUGGGAGAAACACUGAUUUCUACUGCCAUCAAGGCACUUGGAAGAAUUCUUCUCAUAAUGUUCGAUAAGGGUGAUCGUGGUGCAUUGCCGAAAUACGAUCAAAAAUCUUUCCUUGACUUGGUUACCAAAUCUCUGGAAUCACAAACAAUUGACGAUAAUGAGAAUUUCAUUAAAACUCCCAAACAUUCUAAACCAGAUCUCGAAGAACAACUUAACAAACUCCAGUCAGAAGGUCGAACCGCAGCAUGGUUUGAAGACACAGCUAGCAAAUUAAAGAUACUCCUGCCAAAAUUAUCAAUCCUACGAGCAAAUCAAUCGAGAAGGAUUCGUUUUGAAUAUGCAAAACUAUGUUGCCAAUUGCUAGAAAAGUGCUCUCAGAGACUGGGUGACAAUAACAUAGAACUACUGGAAACAAUUAUGGCCAUGUCUCAGGAUGAAGAUCCAGCCAUUCAAAAAUUAUGCUCACAAUCUAUACAAGCUAUUCAACGAUCUGAUUGCAGUUUCAUAUUUGAUGAAUUAGUCGAUGUUCUCUUUGAUAAACAUUUGACUAAAUUGCCUCGUGUUAUCAAUCGCUGUGAAGAUGAAGAACAAUACUCGGAAUUCUUGUUUUUCAAGGGAUUCUUCCAAAGUGUUUCCGAUCGCAGAUUGAAAAUAUUAUUUACAUUUUCUAAGAAUUUAGAAGAAUUUUGUCUUUGUUUGAUUUCCGCAUUUGAAUUGAAAAUGCAAUCGAGUUUGUUAGUUGAGGAAUAUGCUCUUCGAGAUAUUUGCGAAGAUGAGCAUGUUUUGCAUACAAACUCUUGGAGAAAGUUUAAAAACUUGGAUUCGACACGUGUUUUUAAUGUUUUGUGUGAUAUAUGCAAGUUAUUGGGACGCCCAGAGACAUGCAAUGUUGUCUAUGACUAUUUAAUGGAAUUGCUGAGAACUAGCUGUGAAAUUGUUAAUGAAGUUAUAUUAAUAUGUGGGAUUCUACUCAGCAGUGAAUCAGGAAUUAAAAGAGAAGAAACUGUGAAGUCAUUUUUAAAUGAACUUCUUGAUGAAAGUCAUUGGCAUUUGGCACUGCAUCCUGAUGAAAUGAGUAGACUCAAAGUUAAAAAGAAAUCAGAUUGGUAUGUUGAUCGUACGCCUGGUUUAUAUGAAUCUGCUAUUGAGAUAAGAGUACAAGAUUGUAAUUCAGAUGAUUCUGACGAUGAAGAUAGUAGACUCAAUACAGUCAAUGUUGCUGAUGCACAACUAAAUGUGUUGCAUACUUGCAUCGUUUUAGAUGCUCUUGGUAAUUUAGCCGUUGCGAUGGGACAACGAUUUAAACCAUUUGUGUUUCAAGCACUCCACAAAGUUCUUCUUAAAGCAGGAAGCAGCAACUACAAUGUGUACCUUUGUGGCAGCUACUCCCUCUCAGCAAUGCGUAAAGCUUUGGGUUAUCAUGAAGUCUACGAACUACUUGAAGAAUAUACAGACUACAUUUCCUAUCACAUGAGGACCUUAUUAAAAAGACCUUCAGAAAGUCAGUCAGCCUGUGACAUUCUGUCCGUUGUAUUUCGGUAUAGUUCACUCAACACUGUUGCCUACAUCGAAUCAAUAUUCGCCGUUAUUCAAGAAGAAUGUUCGAAAGCUCAUCAAAGUGACAAUGUUACGUCGUAUUUGAAAGUGUUUCACGUCUUCUUUGCUAAUGUCCCCAAAUGGACAACUCAUGUUGAUCAAAUAGGAAAAAUACCAGAUGAUGAGGUUAUCGAAAUGGAAGUCGAAGAUUCUGAUCCAUACACAAAAUGGAUGAAUAUUCUCAAAAACUUCAAAAAUGAAUCAAUGAAAAUGGAGGAUCUCCCAGAGAUUGGUGAAAGCGAAUCGAUGGAACAAGAUGACCCAAGUGAGAAUCCCCAAGGAGAAGAAGAAGAGCCCAAAACCGAACUACCUCGUUAUAUUAAACUAACAAAUGAAAUCAUUGGACAAAUUAUAAAAUUUAUUUCUUCACAAAAUAAAAUGCAACAAAUUGUUGCAUUAGAGUGCCUCAUUAGCGGAUUGCCACUACUCAAAGACUAUGAAAAUGAACUUCUUCCUUUAGUGCACCAAAUAUGGCAACCAUUCGUAGAGCGUGUAAAGGAUAAAGAUCCAAUAGUAUUAAAUCGAUGUUUUUCAUUACUUGAAGUGCUAGCAGUCUAUGCAAAAGAUUUUCUUCUUCGAAGAACUCUAAAGGAAGUCCUGCCAUUCCUCGUGGGAUUUCUAACGAGCUCGGCGGCAAGAAGCAAAGUCGAACAAAGUUUAGCUCAAACACAAGAAUUCAAACUUCAAUCAAAACUGUUGAAAGAAUUUCCCACAUUGAUUGUUAACAUGGACAUUGGAGGAAAACAUUUCAAUAGUAUUUCUCAAGCUGUUGCUUUGUACCUGUCUAAGAAACAACCAUUGACUUUACAAACGCUUGCAAUGGAGUAUUUCAAAGAAUUGAGAACGUAUAAUGGACCUUUUGUGUAUAUAGUUGUUUUGAAAAAUGAACAUAUUUUAGAAUUUAAGGAAAAUGUAAAGCAUGUUUUGGAUUCUUUUAAGGUCAGAUAAAAUUGAAUACAAAAGAAAUAAAAUAAGUUUGUUUAUGAUUGA